AUGUCCGACGCUCCAGAGUCUACGAUCUCUCUGAAAGUCGAGUUCGGUGGCGGGCUUGAGCUUCUUUUCUCCAACCAGCGCACCCACAACAUCUCGCUUCCCGCUCAGGUCCCCAUUUCUGCGACGGGUGGUGAGGGGAACAAAGGCACUAAAUCCGUGGAUAUCGCGUAUUUGAUUCUGUGGUUGCGAGAUAAUCUCCUCAAGGAGCGAGAAGAGCUAUUCGUGGAGAACGGAACUGUGCGUCCUGGUGUGCUGGUGCUGGUUAACGACACUGACUGGGAAUUGGAGGGCGAAGGAGAAUAUGGGCUAAAGCAUGGAGACGAGAUUGUGUUCAUAUCGACUCUUCACGGAGGAUAA